UCUGACAUUCUUAACUCGCUAUUCGCUGCUGUUGGCUAUAAUACAGUAAUUUCUGCACAAUGUCGUGGCUCUUUGGUUCAUCCAGCGGUUCGGCUGAAAAGACUCCCAUUCCCGUUGCAACUGAAGCUCCGGCAGAAAAACCCAAGCCGUGCUGUGUAUGCAAAACUGAGAAGACAGCUCGAGAUGAUUGCAUGCUCUUCUCCAAAUCCGAUGACCCGACGCAAGAGUGCAAGUCAAUGAUUGAGCAAUACAAGGCCUGCAUGGCUGGGUAUGGCUUCAAGGUCUAGGUUGAGUCCUUUACGGAGGGAAGCGACACCCUUCGACUGAGGAAGUUCAUAGCAAUUAUGUUUGUAUAUUAGAGUUGCGGGGAUACCUUCGACAUACAAUAGAUUGGAGGUGAGCCUCAGCGGCAUCAGCUUGGUGUUACGGUCAUGGGAUUCAUGGGCUUAUUAUGGUUUAAAUGUACAUUACUUCGCAUCUCAUUGAUCUGGUAGCAAUAAUCUUCUCCCGCUC